AUGAGUAGUUUUGCAUAUGAUAAUGUAAGCGAAAGCAAAAAACAAAGCCCACAAGGAACACAACAACUAUCAACAGAGCAAGAAUAUAAAAGCAACAACAAUGCAAAGACGCCAACUACUACUGAAACAAAAGCAACAGCAACAACUAACAUUACAAUAGACGAUAAUAGUGUUAAAAAGACAAACGAAAACGAGAACAAAAUUGCAACAAUAAGCAAAUUGACAACAACAGCAAGCCAUUUUAUUGAGAACUAUGAAAAACACAAUGUACACCAAGCCGAAACUGCAAUUCCACAAUCUUCGAAGUCAUCACCGACAUCAGCGUUGUUAACUUCUGGCUCAGUUAUGACACCAGGUGAUACCGAACUGCCAUUGCAACAGCAGGAUCGAAAACCAGAAAACACAACAACUGCAUCAGAUGAGAAAAAUCCAUCAUUACAGCCACUCAUAUCCGAAAUCCCAACGGAUGAUACAUUGGACACAAGGAGUCGGCAGCGAAUUGAGUAUGAGGAUGUUAAUGAAAUGUUGCCGUCAAUUGUUUCAUCGGGAUUAUCAACACCUUCGAGAACAACAGUAGCAUUACCAUCGUCACCAUUAGCGUCUCUACCUUUGGAUUUAAGUCCUAAGUUGGAAACUCAUUUGCCGCAUAUCUCCAGUGAGCCGACUUUUGGAGUACAAUUGCGUAAAAAGCAACUGCAACAAGUGGAAGAAGAACAAGAUAAAAAAGAGCCGGCGGCAGACAACACUGUGCCAUACUAUAGCAGUGCAAUUAAAUCGGGUACUGUGAGUGCCACCGCCUCGCCGAACAUGGUGCGAAAAUCAUCGGAUGGUUCUGUUUCUCUUCCACGUCGUGUAUCAUUUCCUAAAAGCGACAACGAAUUAGUUACCGGAUAUUUAGAGCCAGCGAAUCCUUGGGAACAUGUUUGUUUGGUCAAAAGCAUUUCGGAAAUUGCUGAACUGUAUAUGACAUCAUGCCACAAGCACAAUACAAAGCCAUUACCAUGUAUAUUGGAUCAUUUGAAGGCGGUGGAUCUGACGAAACAAUUGAGACAACCAUUACUAUCUCUCAAGUCAACACAAUUGGCGCCAAGUGAUUGCGAAGCAUUGGAAGAAGUUCUCAAAAGGGUCCAAUACAAAUCCAUAGAUGUUUCCGAUUGUAAGCUAAAUGAAACGGCAGCCAGUGCACUCUUUGAAAUUAUUGAAUACUAUGAGGCUACUAAUGAACUAGAUAUAUCAUCGAAUGCCGCCGGAAUGACACAUAGAGGUUGGCAGUCGUGCACAUACAUGAUUAGUCACAGUCAGGAACUGCAGGUGCUGAAUGCUGAGGGUAAUCCCAUUACAAAAAUCAGUGCUGACCACUUGGGCAAUGCGCUCAACACAUCAAAUUUGCAUACAUUGAAAUUGGAACACUGUGGUCUAAAAGGAGCGCCGUUAAGCAGUUUGUGUUUCAAACUUUGGCAUAAUAGAACUUUAAAGGAGCUGUGGAUAGCCUACAAUGACUUGGAUUGUAAUGAUGCCGAUACCAUAGCAGAGAUGUUGAAGGUUAAUCAUUACUUGGAAUUAAUUGAUAUAAGCAACAACAAUAUUGGGGACGACGGUUUGCGCCACAUAGUUCUGUCGUUGAUUAUGCAGUCGAAAGAAUUGGAAAGACGAACGACAUUUCAGCGGGCCGCUGCCAUUGACGACGACGAAAGUAUGUCACCGUUUGAUACAUCUGCACCGGUUGAUCUGUGCGAUGGAAAGGAAAUGGGCGAUUGGGACACCAAAAUUGAGAAUCAGCCUAUAUUGAAGACUGAAUGCGACGUUGACACUGAGGCGAAGUUUAAAAAUCAACUAACUAAAAUUGAUGAACAACAUAGUGUUAUCGGUAGUUGUGAACAAAGUGACAUUGAGGUAAAACAUGAAAUCGAACCUAGACCAGUGUCAUCAUUUAAGCCGCCUUUGAUAUCAACGGUGGGUUCAACGAUUGAAGAAAUUGAUCCGGACGAGGAUACAGAUGAUACUGUGCGGACAAGUACACUCAAAGGCAAUUCGCAGGCGUCAGUUGGCGGCCAAUCCAUGCUUGACAAACUACUUUCAAUGAAUAGUGAAAGUAGUAGUGAAGAUGGGGUUUCCAACAUUUCCACCGACACACUGGCUGCAUGCUGUUCCGAAGAUGCUAGUCUUAUGAGUGAUGAUGUGUUUGACAUUGCAGCUACAGUAUCUGCAAAAACGACUAUAACAACAUCAAACACAUUUGUUAAGUGUCCAAACGACACGGAUUCGGAAAUAAGCGAGGGAACUACGGAGAUUUCAAGUCUUCUCUCAAAUCCUGCAGCGAAUAAAGUGUCCAUAGAAUCAUCACCGAAAGAUGCAGAAGCUGACAGAAGAGGUCUCAUUACAUCACCUUCGACGAAUGUUUCGAGUUCGGGCCUAAUUGAACCAUCUGUCAUUCCCAUUUGCAAUGUCAAGUUAGAUGCACAAACAUCAACUCAGUCCCCCCUUGUAAAUAAUUAUGUAAGCAUUAAUAACAACAAUGACAUCAGCAGCGAUAACAACAAUUUAAAUGUGACUUCGGUACCUGUACAAAAUACAUCGUCCACAAUCUUCUCGGGCAGUUCGCUGGAGAAGAUAUCAUCACCGACUUCGGUAACAGCAAAUGUCGAUAUUUACGAAGUGAAGGCGGAAGAAAGGAACUGCAGGCAAAGUGACGCCGGCAGUGUUGUGUGCAUUUUAAGUGGAGAAGCGCAGGGAAAUUCUGAACCUGCCAAUUCAAUGCAACAUCAUGCUGCUACCAAAGCGUUAGAUGUAAAUAAGAACACCAAGUUUGGAGAAGACUUCGACGACACUCACAGUACAGAUUCAGCGUUCGAAAGUGCCUCGGAAGGUGAUAUAAGUCGUCAUCUGCCUGAAGAGUUUACCCGCCUGUCAGCAUCCCUAGAAAGUACCCGUCUGGAUGAUCUAGCCAAAGAAUUUUCCAUAGAGACAGCAACUAUAGCUUCAGAGUCUAAUGAAUGUUUAAUUGCAGCCGCAGCCAGUGUGACGCCAUCUUCUACGCCAACUCCACAAAAAACGCAGUUUAGUCAGAUCUCAACGCCCGUUUCGGAGAGGGAGCGUCCAGUAGCUGAAGCAGUCAAGUCGGACACCUGUCUUUCUACCUCCCUGCCCGUUUCCGAAACUGUUCUACCACCUACGAUACAAGUGGAAUUUGGUGCUUUGGGUGAGCCCACGGCAUCGCCAAUAGUACAUGAGUUUCGGGACAAAAUACCAAAGGUGACAAUUGCCCAAGACAGUAUAUCACAGAAAAGCAAAGCGACUAGCUUAAUUAGUACAAGUCCAAGUCAAACUCCUCCACCACCGUCAACAUCUCCCGGAGGAGUUAGUAGCGGCUUAAGGCGCACUGAAUCAACAUGCGCCUUCUUGACACAAUCCACACGGAAUCGCUCCCAGAGCACUGACAGCUUGUGCAGUGACAAUUCUUUAGAUGGAAGUAUUGGUAGUGGUGAUCUGAACUUCUCAUCUUCG